AUGAGAAGAACAUUGCAAGCCAUUGUCUGUUUAGCUUUGGUCUUUAUAUUUUCGUCUCUUUCAACUUGUUCUUUACCUUUGUCAACUCGAGGAAGGUGGAUAAUUGAUUCUAAAACAGGACGUCGAGUGAAGCUUGUGUGUGUCAAUUGGCCUUCUCAUACCCAAAGCAUGUUAAUAGAAGGCCUAAACCAUAGGCCACUAAAGGAACUUGCCGAUGAGGCGAUCAAGUUGAAGUUCAAUUGUGUGCGUCUCACAUAUGCAACUCAUAUGUUCACUCGUUAUGCUAAUAGGACAAUUGAAGAGAAUUUUGACCUUCUAGAUUUGAAACCGGCCAAAGCUGGAUUGGUUCAGUAUAACCCGUUUGUAUUGAACAAGACCAUCGCUGAAGCCUUUGAAGCUGUUGUUGAUGUACUUGGAGAGAGUGGUUUGAUGGUUAUUGCUGACAACCAUAUUAGCCAACCUAGAUGGUGUUGUUCUCUUGACGAUGGUAAUGGAUUCUUUGGAGACCGUUAUUUUGACCCUCAAGAAUGGUUACAAGGUCUUCAAUUAGUCGCUUGGCGUUUUAUCAACAAACCAGCGAUGAUAGCAAUGAGCCUACGAAAUGAGAUACGAGGAACCAGAGAAAAUGCAAAUGAUUGGAACAACUACAUAACUCAAGGAGUAACGAUAGUUCACAAUACAAAUCCAGAUAUUUUAGUGAUUGUUUCUGGAUUAAAUUUUGACAACGAUCUUCGAUGCUUAAAGGAGAAACCAUUGAACGUAACAAAUUUAGACAAUAAGUUAGUUUUCGAGGUACAUUUGUAUUCUCUUAGUGGAGAUCCCGAGAGCAAAUUUGUGCAACAACCACUGAACAAUAUUUGCGCAAAUAUCAUCAAUGGAUUUGUAGACCAUGCAGGGUUUGUAAUGGACGGACCAAAUCCAUUUCCUUUGUUUGUUAGCGAAUAUGGGUACGAUCAAAGGGAGAGCAACGACGCUGAAAACCGAUUCAUGAGUUGUUUCACAUCUCAUCUUGCGCAAAAGGAUUUGGAUUGGGCACUAUGGACUUGGCAAGGUAGUUAUUAUUAUAGAGAAGGUCAAGCCGAGCCUACGGAAGUAUUUGGAGUUCUGAACUCCAAUUGGACUAAAAUUCAAAACCCUAAUUUUAGUAAGAAGUUCCAUCUAUUGCAGAGCAUGUUACAAGAUCCAAACUCCAAUGCAUCGUUUUCUUAUAUUUUGUAUCAUCCACAAAGUGGCCAAUGUGCCCAAACUUCGAAUAACGAUACUCAAAUUUUUUUGAGCGAUUGCUCCACCUCAAGUCGUUGGAGUCACGGUGAUGGUGGCAAUUCAAUCAAGAUGGCAACCACGGGUUUGUGUUUGAAGGCUAAUGGAGAAGGCCUUGGAGUAUCCCUUUCAAGUGAUUGUCUGAGUCAACAGAGCGUUUGGAGAACUAUAUCUAAUACUAAUCUUCAUUUGGCCACGGUCACUCAAGAUGGGAAGUACCUUUGUUUGCAGGUUGAAAGCUCUAGUUCUUCAAAAAUUGUGACCAAUCCUUGUAUUUGCACGAAUGGCGAGCCAAACUGCCUUCAAGACACUCAAAGUCAAUGGUUCCAACUUGUUGCAACCAAUUUUAAUUGA